AUGGAUCCCAUAUCUAUAACCGGCCUCGUGAUAGAAGUCAGCCAUGUUCUUGCCAGCCUCAUUGAAUACGCGAAAGCUGUGAAGAGCGCAAGUUCCGAGGUACGGAGGCUCAGCGAAGAGCUCUUCGCUCUGAAAGGGAUAUUGGACCAUCUAGCAGCACAAACAGAGCAAAGUCAAUGCGACGAGAAAAGCUACGAGUCGGCUUUGUUCGACCGUGAUGCUAUGUCCAGAGUGUUGUACACGACAAAUGAGUUUCUCCAGACCUUGCUCACCGAUCUAGGGACACCGGAGACCAAAUUGAAACACUUGAAACGCAAUCUCAAGUGGCCAUUUACGCAGAAACAAGUCAAUGAACAUCUUGUUCGCCUGGAAAGGGUCAAGUCUUGGUUGAUAUUGGUCCUGAUGGCAGACCAUACAUCCGCAGAUCACGGUAUACAGCAAGAAAUCGGCGCUUUGACGAGCGCUUUGAAGGAGGACUUGCAGAUUCGUGACCGCGAGCGAAAUAAGAUAGCCAAUAGAGAGCUACUCCAAUGGAUGGCUCCUGUGAGCCCAGAGAGCGCACAUUUACGAGCGUCCAAGCGCUAUCAAAUGAGGACUGGUAGAUGGUUCCUUUCGGGACAUUUGAUGGAAUUUCUCAACACAAAGGAAAGUCCUUUACUCGAGGAGGACCGAGCUCUGUUUCUUUUAGGAAAAUCUGGAACUGGGAAAACAACACUAUUUUCUCAGACUGCAGACAAACUUACUUCGAUGUCAUCGCAAGACCCAUCCAUAUGCGUUGCCUAUUUCUACUGUACGAUAGGCGACCAUGCGUCUCAGAUUGCGAGAAAUGUUCUUGGAUCUCUGGUGGCACAACUUUCGAGCGCAGAGCCUUCAAUCUUGGGCGACAUUUGGUCUACUUAUCACAGAGCUCCGAAAAACCAAGCCCAUCGGUUCCCCAUCGAGACAAGUGUUCUCGAAGCCGCGAUUUUAAAAUGCGCUUCUAAAAAAGGGCAAGUUGUGCUCUUAGUUGAUGCAGUCAACGAGAGUGACGACAUGGACCUGAUUGAAGAGUCCCUCGUCAGGCUUGCAAACGCAUGCCAGAACAUACGCGUGCUCAUAACCACUACAAACACGCUGGUCUUCAAGCACCGCGGUGGAUCAGUCCUCAACAUAAGCCGACAAGUGCGAGGAGAUAUAGAUAUAUUCAUUCAAUGGCGCCUUGAGACCGAUGAGACGCUCAAAAGUUUGACGCCGAAGUUCAAAUCAGAGAUUGAGACAACCCUUCUUCAGAACGCAGAUGGCUCGUUCCGUUGGGUUCAACUCUCCUUAGAGAAUCUGAGUACCCAGCGGUCUGUUCGAGCAAUGCGCGAAGCACUUCGAAGUCUUCCUGUGACAUUGCGGGAAACUUACGCAAACACGCUUGAAAGGAUAGCACCAGCCGACUGGAAAAUCGCCCGCGAGGCAUUGUUCUGGAUAAGCUUUGUGAAACAACCCCUGACACUACGCCGGUUGAAUGAAAUCGUUGUCCUGGACGAAGCGGAUAACCUUCUGGACGAAGACAUGAUGCUCGUGCCUCCACACAUCCUUCUCCAAAUAUGCCAGGGUCUCAUAACAGAAGAUCAAGACGGCUGUGUGAUUCUCGCCCAUUCUUCUGUCAAGGACUUCCUGACUUCAGACUGGAUCAGCUCUUCCCGAGUCAACUAUUUCCGUCUUGAUCCCACCACUGCAGACCUGAAGAUCAUGAACCUGUGCCUGACCUAUCUAUGUCUCGACAACUUUUCAGCCGGAUACAUGAUUGAGAAUCCCCCGACACUGCGGGUAAACCAUCCCUUCUUGACUUACGCUGCAAAUUAUUGGCCUGAGCACGGAGCAGCGUGCAACUUUGGGGACUUGAAAUUGGUUCAUAAGCUAUUUGACUCACGAGCACUUCCAGGACGUGGAAAUUAUGCCACGUGGUUGCAAACGCUAUUUCGACACACGGUUUCGCGUGAAAAAGAUCGUGAGACGAUCGAUAUUACGCAUCCGUUGUAUUAUGCAUCCUCUUUUGGAAUGACGCCCGUUGUCAAGUCUAUACUUGCGGCGGAUCCAAAUAUUGAUGUGAAUGCGCCCGGUGGCCGUGUCGGGGCUACGCCUGUUUGGAUAGCUAGCUUGCGGUUCAAUUACGAGGUUGUCGAAAUUCUUUUGGCCGCAGGGGCUAACCCAAAAAUCCGGGAUCCUGGGAGCGGUCUUAAUGUUCUUGAUCUGUUGAGAUUAGUCCGACCUCUUGGACGGAGCUAUACUGGUCUGAGGCCUAUUUUGGCUUGUCCAGCACCCUGGAAGGAUAUGGAAAACGAUGGAGUUGUGGCCAAAUGA